AUGUCUGCGAACCUUGCAAGACUCAAUGCCACAAUUGUCGCCCAUGAACAGCUCAAAACAAAAUUUUCGACCUUUAAAGACCAAGCAGAAAAGAAGUUUCAGUUCCUAUACAACGAGAACAAGCUUCUCAAAGCCAAAAAUUCGCACCUGAAGUUGCAACAGAAAGAUGCAGACAAGCGAUUGUGA